UGCGCACACUCCUUCAUUUGCAUGGGAAGUGGGAAACCUGAUCCCGGGGCGGGGAAAACUUAGCCAUAAGAAGGUGCCCCCACAGCAUCCUGGGGAUCCUGCACACCCGGAUCGGCGCUGGAGCCAGGGCUGAUCGAUGAUUUAAAGCAGCUGGGACAGACCUGGCUCCUCUCCGUGGGGAGCUCCUGUUGGAAGUUCAGUCCCGUGCUUCACUCAGCCACCUCAGCUCCUCCUCUUUGCCAAAACCGCGGGGUUUGGGGAGAAAUUUAGACCUGUUUGGGACUGAGGUUGAUUAGGAGCUCCCUAAACCUCCUCCCUGGUGUGUUUUUUUUGGGUUUUCCCCCCGUUGCUGGUGUGUGACGAUGGGUUACUGCGCGGCCCUGAACUGCCACAACGCCUCGAGCGGGGUCUACAAGAACAGCUCGGUCAGUUUCUAUGGAUUCCCCCUACACAACAAAGCCCUCCUGAGGCAGUGGAUCCAAAACAUGGGCCGGGACAUGGAGAAUCCCUCCAGGUACCAGUGCCUGUGCUCGGAGCAUUUCGAGGAGAGCUCCUUCAAGACGAAUCCUCUGAAAAUCGGCAAGAGACGGCGCCUGCUGAAGGAAGCUGUUCCCAACAAAUUCAUCCUGGGGAUGGAUGGGACCUGGCACGUGGGGACCCCCCAAAGUUUCAGCUGCGUGCCAGGCAGCAAAACCCGAAAAAGGAUCCGGAAUUCCGAGCCCUUUAGGGUCCCUGAGAUGCUUCCUCAGUGGCCACGUCUGGAGGAUUGGCAGAAUGAAUUUUAUAAGCAAUUGCUGAAGGAGAAAUAUGGAUCUUUCAUCACAAUGGGAAAAGGUCAGUUUUCCCUCUCCAAAGGGACAGAGUCUGGGUCUGGCCUGGCUCUUGUUGCUCCUCAAAUCCCUGGAUUUUUAGAGAAAUCAUCUUUUAAGUGCUUGUGAAUCUUUGUGAUAGAUAAGAAGCUCCACAAUUUUGCUUUAAAAGGCUGAAGGACAGUUUAGGAUCCCAGGGAAUGCAGCUGC